AUGCCUGUACGACACCUGGACGCGUAUCUUACGGACCGCCAGCAAGUGCACACCCUCCCUCUCUCUGCGCUCACGGAGACCAGGCUUGGCAUCGAUGCAUCGCUUUACCUCGCCCGCUUGCUUCAAAACCCAAAGACCAGGGAGCCGUUCCUGCCGGCGACUGGUGGUCUACCGCUUUCCUUAACGCAGAGGAUUGAGACUGAUUUGCGGAUCCUCGAGAAGUUGCGCAUCAAGCCUGUGUUCGUCUUCCCAGGCAUCUGGCCCAACAGCGCCAAGAAAGGCGCGCCGGGAAAAUACCCCAACCAGGCUGUCCACUUCAGCCCCCUUGUCAAUGCCGCGCAGUUUGAUAUGAUGAGGGCGCGGUCGGAGGCUUGGGACUUGUACGAGAAAGGCAAGGUGGCUGAGGCUACGACGGCAUUCGAGACGAAGCCGGCGUCUCAUGUCGUGCAGUGGGAUUUGUGGCGAGCGGUUUUGAGAAUCUUCAGGCAUCGCAAUGUUGAUUUUAUGAUCGCGCCGUACACGGCAUCUGCCCAACUCAUCUAUCUCUACCGCCACCCGAAGUCUUAUGUCCAUGCAAUCUGGGGCGCCACCGAAACCUUGUUGUACAACGGCGUUGACAAGCUUAUCUUAUCUGUGAUGUUUGGCAGCCAGACGUUUGCCUACUGCACUAAGUCUGCGAUCCUUGCCGACAUGAACCUGACACCAACCCAAUUCCUGGAUGUCGGCGUCCUUGCCGGGUUUGACGAUCUCAUUGCUCCGCCCUUCCCUCCCACUCAAAACGACAUGACGCUCAAGCCUGUUCUUGAUAUGGUCAAGUUCUACAAGUCUGGCCACGCCGCCGCCUCCGCCUUCUUCCACGAUCCCCAGGUCAAAGCCACUCAGUACAUCGACACCUUUGCUCGUGCCAGAGCCAUCAUCACAUUCGCACUUGUUCUCUCAUCCGAUGGGGUUGUAGCACCCCUUACUCUUACUCAAUCACCGACCAACCCUGCCACCCCUGCAAAGAACGCCGAUCCGUCUGUUGCACCUCAAGUGACAACAGCGGCCGACCUACCCCAAGACUUGCAUGACAUAUUCACACACCGCUUACCCGAUGAGGUGUACUAUUACCUUUCGCGUGGUCUCGUUAGCCCUCAACCGCUUAAUUGGCUUACCUCUGGUCACAUUUCGGAGCCCCCACCUUUGGACAACGGCGAAAAUUCGGAGUACCGCCGUUUCGUGAAAGAGGUCAUUUCAGAGGGGGCCACUUGUCCGAGAGCGGUGUCUCUUGCUUUGCUGAGCAGUUCCAUCAAUUCUUGGUGGGCAAGCCGGAAGGUUACUUCGUCUUACUGGUAUGACGCUGCAGUGCCGCCACAGCCUGGACGACACGACAAGUUUGUGCCGCAUUCAGGGAAGGACACUCUCAUGCAGAUUGAGCGAUGUGUUACAUGGUGGAAUGUCCCCAACUUCAUAGUGGAGGAAGAGCUAAGGCGUCAGAACUCAUCAACGAUCGACUUCCAACUCUGCUUGGGUGCUACUUCCCAAGAGAAACUCGCGGGUCGCACACGGGCCAAGGCCAAUCAUGCUCAUCCGUUGGAUAAGAAGGACGAGGUGGUGGCUAAUGUCGUCUGGAGAUUCUUGGAGCUCAGAGGUUUCCUAUCCUCCGCGACGCAUAUGCACACACCUCUUGGCCGGUCCAUGCAUUCUUCAUUGAAAGCGUCUCGGGUCAACGACAAGUUCCAAGAGCCACUAUACCUCUUCUUAGAGCUUGUACGCGCUGGCGUAAUGCACGGCAAUCUUUGGAGCGGUCGGGCCUACAGCGGCGGGCCCAGUUUCGGAGAUGAGGCCGAAAAACGCAGCAUGCUCCUUGUCAUGCGUGUCCUUAGCAUCGUUCCUUUGAACUUCAAGCAAGAACCCUGGAAAGGACCCUUGUCACGGGAACUUCUUGUCUUUAACUCCUUCCUGCAUUCACUCUCCCGUGCACUUCGAUCUUUGGUGGAGCUCACCGCCAUGAACAUGCUUCUGCAUGGGGAUGCUCGGCGAGCAAGGGACGAUCUUCUGGAUAUUGCACUCUCACUCCCCUUCCAGGCCGACGUGAACACUGGGUUCGGGAUUCUCGGAAAGACGUACCUGGAUGCGUUGGUCGCACUGAAAGGGGGCCGAGUGGAGGAAAGCGAAAAGGAUGAUGAAGAAGUGAAAGAGGCGAAGGAGCAAGCGUUGAACAUCUGCGACGAGAAUUUUGAUAACAUCAAGAGCCCGAGCUCAGAGGUCGAACGAGGAUUCCGUUUCUGGGAUGCUGCAUAUGCUGCUAUCAAGAGUCUGGAAGCUGCGAACGAAGCGGUGUCUCCUGAGCUCGUUUCCGAGUUCGAUGCUGCUCAAGCUUGGUUGCACCCAAUGCGCCCGUGAACUGCGCCCAAACGUUUGGUUCUUUUCCUCUUGGGCGAGUUGUGUUCCAUUCUGGUUAAGCUUCUUUGCGCUUGCUGCACCCCAUUCUUUCCUGCAGUCACAAUCGUUCCAUGUCAUCCAUUAGCACGCCCACAGUUCAUG